AUGCUUGGCGGAACUACUGGAACUAUAGUCGAGCUCCCUCAAGAUCCGCAGAUCGUAUCGGGUCAAAGAUAUCGCAAACUUCUUCGCCAUGUAGCUCAAUCAGCAAAGUCUGUGGGUUAUGUCUACCUCGUCAUACGCUUGCUUUCGAUAUUAUCAACCUCGGAGAAGACUUGGCAAAUGUGGACCUUCUUUCUCCUCGAAACCUUCUUCAUUCAUUUGGCUCGAAAAGAACAGUCAUUGACUGUUUCGGCCACCAAGAACCCAGAGAGUCUUCCAAGAAAACGACUACGCCUUCAGGGAAAUGAAAAUCUGCCUCGUGUAGAUGUUCUUCUACCAUGCUGCGGCGAAGAUGUUGAUGUGAUCCUACAGACAGUACAAGCGGCCUGUUCUUUAGACUAUCCAAUGUCCCAUUUCAGAGUUCUCGUGCUUGAUGAUGGCCAAUCGCAAUUGUUGGAAAAGACAAUAUUGGAACUACAGAAAAAAUGGCCACAUCUUUCCUAUAACUCUCGCGGAAGACAGUCUGGACAAGUUUUUGCCAAAUCUGGAAAUCUCAACUAUGCUUUAACGUCUCUACAACAAGACUUCCAACCUGAAUUCUGUGCGGUUCUAGAUGCCGAUUCUAUACCAACGAGGGAGUUUUUAAGAGCCACACUGCCUCACUUACUCCUCGAUCCAGAAGCGGCUCUUGUGUCUACUCGUCAAUAUUUCUACAAUCUUCCAAAUGGAGAUCCACUCUCCCAAUCACGAGGGCAUUUUUAUACUUGUCAAAAUGCCAAAUUGGACACCCUUGGAAUUGCUAUUGAUUCGGGAUCUGGCGCAGUCUUUAGACGACAAUCGAUCGUGGAUGUGGGUCUUUACCCGACAUAUUCAUUUUCGGAGGAUUGGCAGCUAUCUUUGUUGCUACGCGGUAUGGACUACAAAACCUUCCAAGUGGAUGAGGCCUUGCAAUUCGGUCAGGUUCCUGCUUCUCUUGCCGGUCAUAUUGCUCAAAGAAAACGGUGGAACAUCGGCCACGCCCAGCAGAUUCCUGCAAUGCUUUCUUCAAGAAGCCAGUCUUUAUCUUCCCAGUUGAGAUCUUCAAUCGCUCGAAACGGAUUUGGUAUCGUGUUUGAGGAGUUUGGAUGUCUCCUGGGAUUUGCCGUUGUGCCUAUUCUAUUGCUUUGCGGACAGAAACUCGUUCCCACAUCAUCGCCAAAAAUGGUAGCUCUGCAAUUUAUCCUUUCCUUAGGUCAAGUGAUUUUGACCUGGGUAUACGAGUUCUUGCAAGUCGCUUUCACCGGCCAUCGAAGCGCACCAUUUGCAUUUCUAGAGAACAAGUGGCUAGCAGGAUCAAAUGUCUACGCCAUACUGAGAUUCUACCUUGUCUCAAAAAAGCCAAAAGGCUCAUUUAUUACCGGCAGCAGCGAGAACUCAUUUAAUCACAGCACAGAAUUAUCUCUGUGCAUGAGACUGCAUCGUGACCUGUGGGAAAACGGCAUCUUUUACAGCGUCAUUCUACUCACUUUUCUCACUUCCUCGAUAUUUUGCUCAUCUAUAUCAGCAACAGCAAAGGAAGACUGUUUCAUGCAUACAAUUACUACAAUUGCAUGGCCCCAGCUCGUGCACAUAUGCGUUUUGGUGUUGAAAAAUCUCUCAGUGCCUGUGAUUUACCUGCUUGAUCCACCAAAGUAUACAUUGCAACCUAUACCAUUUGCUGAUAUGGGAAACAUUCAACUAAAGACCGAGAAAACUGUGGUAGAAGGCGAAGCCAUGCAGGUGACGUGGAAGGGCAUUGAUAAGGCUAGCAAGAACUGA